CGAUUCGGUUGUAGACAGCUGUGCUACACUCAAAAUGUUUUUCCUACUCUAUCCACUAAUCGCGGUGCUAACGCUUAUCGUUUAUUUAUUACAUCGCAACAUAAACUAUUGGAAAUAUCGUGGCAUACCCUAUGACGAGCCGCAUAUAAUUUUCGGAAAUCUGAUUGGUUUUCGCACAAAGCGCACAGUCCACAGUAUCCAUUACGAGUUCUACAACAAAUACCGGAAGAGUGGACACCCCUUUGUGGGUUUUUACUUUCUGCACAAGCCAUCUGCCUACAUAAUGGAUACAAAGUUAGCUAAGAACAUAUUGAUCAAAGAUUUCUCUAACUUUACCGAUCGCGGCCAAUUCCACAAUGAACGCGACGAUCCGCUGACCCAACAUCUUUUCAAUCUGGACGGAAAGCGUUGGAAGGAGAUGCGACAUAAGUUAUCUCCCACAUUCACUUCGGGAAAAAUGAAAUUUAUGUUUCCAACGGUCAUCAAAAUUGCUGAGGAGUUUGUCAAUGUAAUGACAGAAGAGGUACCCCUUAAGCCAGGAGGCGCCAUCAUAGAAAUCAAGGAGCUAAUGGCCCGUUUUACCACCGACGUGAUCGGCACCUGCGCCUUCGGCAUUGAAUGCAACACAUUGCGCACCCCAGAAACGGAUUUCCGCAAAAUGGGACAAAAGGCAUUCACGGAGACGCGCCAUGGUCCGGCUAUAACCGCUUUCCAGUUCAGCUUUCCUGCGCUCGCACGUCGUUUGCGCAUGCGCGCCAUUCCCCAAGAUGUGCAUGAAUUCUUUAUGAGGCUUGUCGCAGAAACUGUUUUGUAUAGGGAGAAGAAUAAUAUCAAACGGAAAGACUUUAUGGAUAUGCUGAUCGAGUUAAAGCAGAAGGGCACCGUAACGCUGGAGAACGGAGAAGUCAUUGAGGGCCUGAACAUGGGCGAGUUGGCAGCCCAAGUCUUUGUUUUUUAUUUGGCCGGCUUUGAGACCUCUUCAUCGACAAUGAGCUAUGCCUUAUAUGAGCUGGCCCAGCAUAUAGACAUCCAGGAUAGGCUACGAAGUGAAACAGCGGAUGUUUUGGCCCAGCAUGAUCAUAAACUGACCUAUGAAUGUGUGAAGGACUUACGGUAUUUGGAUCAGGUCAUAUCAGAAACAUUACGUCUUUAUACGAUCGUGCCUGAGCUUGAUCGUAAGGCUCUAAACGAUUAUGUGGUGCCGGGCAAUCCCAAAUAUGUGAUUGAGAAAGGAACCUCCGUUAUCAUACCAGCUUGUGCCAUGCAUCGCGAUCCUGAUCUCUAUCCAAAUCCCGACCAAUUCGAUCCUGAUCGCUUUUCGCCCGAGCAAGUAGCUGCUCGUGAUUCUGUGGAAUGGCUGCCAUUCGGUGAUGGCCCUAGAAACUGCGUUGGCCUGCGUUUUGGCCAAAUGCAGGCUCGUAUUGGACUAGCCCGUUUGAUACAAAAUUUUAAGUUCUCGGUCUGUGAGAAGACAGACAUUCCUUUGACCUAUGACCCUAAGUCGUUUGUAAUGGGCACCGUAGGUGGUAUUUAUCUACGAGUAGAGCGUGUUUAACUUUUGAUUUACUAAGUAUUUACGUACUAUGUUUUGAAGUCUCCGAGCUACGCAGUUUCUGAUGUUUUCAUAACUCUAUCAUCAUUGUUAAUAAUAUAUUGCAUAUGCAAAUUGAUGAAUUUUUGCAAAUACUAUUUAAAUACUCCCUCGUCAAGAACAACUGCUUCAUUUAUUUCCAGUUUCAGUCAGAAUUUGUCAAAUAAUUUAUCAACAUUAAGAAAAGUAAAUGGAAUUUGUUAAAUAUUUGAUUUAAUUGAACAGAUUUUUACAUUUUAACCUUGUCCUACUCAUGCCAUCUAAAGUAUUUUGUGAAUGCUGCAAACUUUUGGCCAAAUGCAUCGAAAAUUCUCGAUUUAAAUAUAUCUGGAUUUAGAUUCA